CGGAAAAGUGUCACAGAAGAAGACGCAGUUCCUGGCAUUCACUAUGAUUUGUGUGAUUGGGUCCGUGUUACUAUUCCUUUCAGCCAACCUUUGUUAUGGUGCACCUCCAGGACACACUGUCUCAAGAGUUGUGAACGGCACAGAGGCUGGAGAUAAUGAAUUUCCUUUCAUGGCUCAAUAUGUUCGUUACGGUGUACCAGAAUGCAGCGCUACAAUCAUCAACGAAUACUGGGUCAUGACUGCUGGCCACUGUGUGGAUGGGAAGGAGAUCCGCGUGUCCGAUGUUCGAGCCGGUACCAACAGUGUGAGAAAUGAUACUGGAGUACUCAUCCAUGUCAGCGAAUUCGUCUUCCACGAUAAUUACCAUUACGACUACGUAAACGACGUAGCUCUGAUUAAGCUGGUGCAGCCUCUCACUUUGGGUCCCAGAAUACAGCCAGUGCCUCUACCGGAACAGGGACAGCAGACAGCCGGCGGGACCAUAGCCACCGUGGUCGGAUGGGGAGCUACAGAGUCUGAAUCUUCAGUUGAAACACUGCGUAAGGCUGACAUCCCGGUGUGGACUGACGAGGACUGCCAGGAGGCGUAUGCAGGCUACGAGUACCAGGUGCUGGAGGAGGACAUCUGCGCCGGCAUGCCUGAAGGAGGCAGGGGAGAAUGCAGUGGAGAUGGAGGUGGACCGCUGUUAGUGAACGGCACUCAGAUCGGUAUAGUAUCGUGGUCCAGGAAGCCUUGCGUUACAGAGGGCUCUCCUGGGGUGUACGUCGAAGUUUCGUACUACGUAGACUGGAUCAAAGAGACGACUGGCAGAUCUUAAAGAAUUCUCACCACUGAAAAAAAAGGCAUCCGCUUUCGUGUGAUUAACAUGUGACAUCUGUACAAAUGUAAUUUCCGGAUUUCUUUAUGUGAUUACAAAAUAUGAGCUAUAUACUAUGAAAUUGGUAUUAGUUUCUCCUGCAGGUUUAUGAAAUUGCGAUCAGCCUCAGCAUCUUGUGCACAUUAAAUCGUUUCAAAUGUCCGAUCUGAAAGCAUUUACAAAAAACGGUAUUAGAUUGCUGGCUACGUAAUUUGAGGUAGAGUAGUGUGUAACACUUGAAAGGAACAACUAUCUCUCUCUCUCUCUCUCUCUCUCUCUCUCUUUCCAUUCUUCAUUCAUCGUUAACUAAAGGGUGUAUGUGAAAAUUGGCGACAUAUGUACUGUGUAAGAGCUUUUCGUUCUCUAACUUCUUAUCAUGACAAUUAAGGUCAUCUUCGCUUCCAUAGGGAUUGCUAUCUGCAUCCGACGAGAAACAUCUGUUAAUUUUUCAAGGAAGUUUAUAACACUUUCCGUACAAUAUGUUUGAAUGUUUCUUUCAUCAUAUUCAACAAUUUGCAUAUUUUUGCUUUCAGAACUGCAUUGCAAAAGCAAUAAAGCUCAUACAUCAAUUACUGUUUCAAGAGAGCAUCUACAGAUGUUUUUAGACUAAUUAUAUGAACACAAUGGUGCUGAGAAUGCUACGUCAUCACUUGUCAAAUGUGUGAUAUUUUUAGCCCAACAUGUUUCGCGACCACGUGAUCCAAUUAAAAAGUGCUUAAUGGUUGGCGUAGCAGCCCUAAGCAUUUGAUAGUUGGGCAACGUAGUCGCGAAACAUUAUGUGCUAAAAACAUCACACAUUUGACAACUGGUGGUGUAGCACUCUCAGCACUGAUUCAUGAGACAGUUGUAUGGAGGCCUCACAACAGAUAAUAUGGACAUGGAGGUAACGCCUUAGAAAUUUCAGGUAUCUGUCUUGUGAACACGUUAUGCUUUCACGAGUAUGAACUGUUGGUUAAGAGAAGAAGUGCAAAAUAUUUUUUGACCUGGAUGUGUAAUACGGAAUAUCACUGUAAGUUAAAACACUAUAGUGUGAAGAAUUAAUGAAAUCUGAGAUGUUAACUGUCAAUGACACAAGCUGUACAGAAUAAA